AUGUCGUUACACGAUACAGUACAUAGAUGUUCUCUUCGAUUGAUAGACACUAAACCAGCACUUUUACCUUUGGGUCCAGGUUCGGGCUGGUACCAAAAAUUUAGUAGAGCAAUGAAGAAGCUUACGGUGUUGAAUGAAAAUGAUAUGAAAUGUCGGAAUUUCCUGAAAACUGGAGCCGCGUUGAGAAUCGAGAAACGGCGACAUGCAUCAAGCAAAUAUUGGUACAUAAUCCAUCCGUUUAGUAAGCUGAAUAGAAUUAUCGAGAUAACGUUUUUCAUUACGUUGGUGCACCGAUGGAUAUUUUUCAUGGAUAAUAUCGAGGAACCCGAUAAGUAUUUACGUACAGCUAUAGCGAGAGAUAUCGUUCAUACCAUUAUCAUGAUUAGCUUUUUUUUCACCGGUUAUGUCAAACAUACAACUAAAGAAAUUUAUAUACAUCCUAAAGACACUAUCAGGCAUUAUUUUGUGACUUACUUUUUCAUAGAUUUGUUUCUAUUGAUCGAAGAAAAUCGGGUUAGAACGAUCGGACACCUCCUUAAAUUGUUGAACUUGAUUAAUUGGCGAGACACGAUUAUUGCAACGGUGAUUUUUGUUAGUUUAGUGUUGACUACAAUAAGGUUUGUAAGUGUUCAAAACGUUAUUACGAAUUCUGUGGAAUAUUUCGGUUUAGGUACAGCUGCGAGUUUUAUAAUUAAACAUGUUUGUACUUUCAUUUUCAUUCUGCAUUUUUUCACGUUUCUUCUUUUCGUCAUUCCAUUUAACAUGUACGUAACCAACCAAAAAGUCCCUCCAGAUUCGUGGAUUAGUCAAAGAAAGUUGACUAUUGAUAAAUAUACAGCAAACACAUACGCGGAAAGUUUCCUCAUAGUAAUAUCUUACUUUUUUGGUUCUAACUAUAAAAUUACUAUCAAACAACCAUACGAACAACUGCUUCUGUUCUUGUGUACUUUCACCGGUAGAAUCUAUAUUCUUUUUGUAAUAGGUACAAUUCUAACCAAAUUCGGAUCCAGUGAUAAAGCCGAUACUGAGUACGAUAACAUAAUAACCCAAUUUAAUAGCUACAUGACCGCUCAGCAUGUUCCUAGCGAUAUUAAAGAUCAAGUUAUCGAGAGAUUUGAAUACAGUUACCAAAGAAAGUUUUUUAACGUGGAACAAAUGAUGACCAUCCUAACUGAGAGACUGAAAACCGAGCUGUUCCUCUUUGGUGCCAAGCAGUUGAUAUCUUCUAAUAAAUUUCUGAAAUCUCUCAAUGUAUCCGAUCUGUGUUGGCUGUUUUCGCAUAUGAAAACUGCUGUAGUUGGUAAAAAUGAAACCGUAGUAGAUUAUAUGCAUUAUGUGAAUAGUAUAUACUUCGUUUUAUCCGGUACUCUCGCUGCUUAUUACAAAGAUUUAGAAAUUUUUCAUGUAAAAGAUGGUGAUAUAUUUGGAGUAAUUAUCUUAUUCAAAAACGAAGCAAGUCCCUACAACGUUAUAGCCAUUGAAACUUCUGAAAUAUAUUACGUCAAGAAAAAAUGGCUUGACGUACUUUUAGAAAAACAUCCAGAAGCUUUCAAAUAUUUUAAAACGAUUUAUGCCGAAAGAAUGAAGAAAACAUUAUGAAUUCUGCAAAGAUAUAAGAGAUUUAAAUUUUAUGAGUACACUCACUCAUCUCAUGUUUUUUUUACCUAA